UCGAAUGCAUCUGGAUGGGACGGGGUGGGGUGAGGUGGGGAGGAUGCAGUCGCGGCUAAUACGGCGUGACCCAGAGCCCGAGCCCAGAGCACCUCGCCUGUCCCUGGACAGCUGAGGAGAAACCCGAGACGGAAGGCGACGUCGGGGCUGCGGUCCCAGGAAGGGCCCUCCAGGAGCUCCGCAAGUGGGUCACCAGCUGGGCAGUCACACUGCCCGCGGAGGGCAUUCCCAGGCUCUCGAGCCCCAGACCAGGCAGAGGGGCCUUGACCCCGGGGCAUGGCAGGCCCCAGCUAGACGCCGCUGCGCUUGGCACUCUCCCCGAGCCUAAUGACCGCUGUAGAUCGCCGAGCCUCCCCAGCCCCCGCUGCAGAAAUGGAAAAUUCGGGAAUAGUUAUAAGUAGCUGUAUUUCUCAAGAGGAUGACAGUCGCUACAAUCCUAAGCAACAGGCAUCAAUCUCCCAGGAGCUGCUUUUAGAAGACCAGCUGAGAAGGAAACUCAAAUUUUUCUUCAUGAACCCUUGUGAGAAAUUUUGGGCUCGGGGUAGAAAACCAUGGAAACUCGUCAUACAGAUUUUAAAAAUUGCGAUGGUGACAAUCCAGCUGGUUUUCUUUGGGCUAAGCAACCAGAUGGUAGUUGCUUUCAAGGAAGAGAACACGAUAGCCUUCAAACACCUCUUCUUGAAAGGAUACACAGACCGAAUGGAUGAUACCUAUGCUGUGUACACACAAACUGAUGUCUAUGACCAGAUCUUCUUUGCAAUACAACAGUAUGUGCAGCUUCAAAACAUCUCUGUUGGAAAUCAUGCCUAUGAAAACAAGGAAGCUAAACAGUCAACCAUGGCAGUGUGUCAGCAGUUCUACAAGAGAGGCAACAUCUAUCCUGGAAAUGACACCUUUGAUAUUGAUCCAGAAAUUGAAACUGACUGUUUUUACAUAGAUCCUCUGAAGCCCUUUGAUACAGGAACAUUAGAAGAAACUAAACUCAACUUAACGCUGGACUUUCACAGGCUCCUGACGGUAGAGCUCCAGUUUAAGCUGAAGGCCAUCAAUCUGCAGACCGUCCGUCAUCAUGAACUACCGGACUGUUAUGACUUCACCCUGACUAUAAUUUUUGACAAUAAGGCUCAUAGUGGAAGAAUUAAAAUCAGCCUCGACAAUGACAUUGCCAUCAGGGAAUGUAAAGAUUGGCAUGUAUCUGGAUCAAUACAGAAGAAUACUCAUUACAUGAUGAUCUUUGACGCUUUUGUUAUCCUGACUUGCUCAGCUUCAUUAAUUCUCUGCACCCGGUCGGUGGCUAAAGGAAUUCAGCUCCAGCGGGAAUAUGUAAACUUCUCCCUCCUCCACUUAAAGAAGGAAGUUUCAGUUACUGAUCAAAUGGAAUUUGUUAAUGGAUGGUACAUUUUGAUUAUUGUCAGUGACAUGUUGACUGUUGUUGGUUCGAUCCUGAAAAUGGAAAUCCAAGCUAAGAGCCUAACCAGUUACGAUGUCUGCAGCAUCCUUCUGGGGACCUCAACCAUGCUCGUGUGGCUUGGAGUCAUUCGCUACCUUGGCUUCUUCCAAAAGUAUAAUCUCCUCAUUUUGACUCUUCAGGCAGCAUUACCCAAUGUCAUCAGAUUCUGCUGUUGUGCCGCCAUGAUCUACCUGGGCUACUGCUUCUGUGGCUGGAUCGUCUUGGGACCUUAUCAUGUGAAGUUCCGGUCCCUGAAUAUGGUUUCUGAGUGCCUUUUCUCUCUCAUAAAUGGGGAUGACAUGUUUGCCACAUUUGAAAAAAUGCAACAAAAAAGUUACUUGGUUUGGUUGUUUAGUCGGAUUUACCUCUACUCAUUCAUCAGCCUCUUUAUCUACAUGGUUUUAAGUCUCUUCAUCGCCUUGAUUACUGACACCUAUGAAACAAUUAAGCAUUACCAACAAGACGGCUUUCCAGAAACAGAACUGCACACAUUUAUAUCUGAAUGCAAAGAUCUCCCCAAUUCUGGUAGAUACAGGUUAGAAGAGGAAACCAGGAAAUCUCUCUUCUGCUGUUGUAAACAGUCUUAAGGAAGAACUCCUUGAAGCUGUGAAAUCUCCCUACAACGAUCCUGUAUUGAACAUCAAUAAUGACUAAAUGUGUCUAAAAUGGAAGAAUUUAAAAGCAAGGGAAUGUAGGCUAUUUUUGACGGUAUAUGUAGGUAUGUGUGUGUUUGUGUGUGGUUUUAAACAGACUCAGAAAAGUAGAAAAUCAAUAUGUAUAUCAUUCAGGUUGCAUCUUCCUAGGCUCAUAGUCCUGAUGUUUGGAUUAUAAUCAUUGCAUGAGGAUAUAGUAGAUUUUUUAAAAUUGUGUUGUUCAGGGACAGGUAGAUGGCUCAGUGGAUAGAGAGUCAUUCUUGGGUUCAAAUCUGGCUGUGUGACCCUAGGCAAGUCACUUGACCCCCAUUGCCUAGCCCUUACCAGUCUUCUGCUUUGGAACUGAUUUUUAUUAUAAGGCAGAAGAAGGGUUUUGUUUUUUUUUUAAUUGUGGGUAACCUGGCAUAAGAAAUGAUGCCCCUCAGUUCUACGUCACACGCCUGCCUCCGAAGCAUAGUCAGUCAUUGUAUGACCAUAAGAGGUCACUUAAAUCUCUCAUCGUCCCAGGGAACUCUCUAACCAAGACUACAAUUUUUAAAAAUUCCAUUUUAUUUUAUUUUCAUUUCUGAAUUCUCUUCCUUGUAUCCCUCUCUUGCCCAUUGAAAAGACAAGACUGAAUUAAACCCAUUACAUCUAUUAUAGCAAGAUUACAAGUUACAGGAGAAUCACCAACCUACAUGGUUGGAGGAAAUUUCCAUGCUGGGAAACCCCCACUAAUGGGGGAGAUAAAAAUUAUUUGAUUGGGCUUUUUUUGCUCUCCUUAAUUCUAUGAGUCUCCUAAAGAAAAAGCUGUUUGGAUAGACUAGAUUCAAAUGGAAACAAUUGGUCUUAGUGAUGGGGUAAGCUUCUAGAGGGGGAGGACUGUUUAGUUUCUUUUUUGUUGUGUCCUGAGUGCCCAGAAUAGUGCGUGGCACAUAGGGGAUAAGGACAGGGAGUGGACUUGUGGUUUCAUCAGUGUAGAAAACUCCAAAAUUAAGAAAAUCUCUUUACCAGUGUAGAUUGGUACCAUCUCUGAAAUGAAGAGCCUCAGAGAACUGCCCUAAAGCAAUGCGAAGUUAAGAGACUUAUCUAGGGUCAGUUCAUAAGUGAUACUUGAACCAGGUCUUCUUGGCAUGAAGCCUGUGCUUUAUCUGGGCCAUCUUUCACCUGGCAUAUAGACAGCUUUUAAUAAAUGCUUACAAAAUAGAAUUUAACAGAAUUAUAUGCUUGAAGUUUUGUUUUGUUUUGUUUUGUAGCUCAAAGUUUUGAUUACCCUUCUGGGGUUAAGAUUCUGGUUGGGGAAUGCGUUACCUUGUGGGGCUUGUUUUCCCCCUCAUUCCACUGACUAACCCCUUCUUCAUGCUCUAAACUCCCCCAAAAUGGUAGGAGUCUAUGAUAAAGGAAGAACAAGAGAUCUGAGUAGGGGCAUCUAUUGCCAAGAGAGGUCACAGCCUCUUCGAGGCUGAGAUUCUGCCCAGGAAUUAUGGAACUGAUCAUUGAAUACAUUUUUAGAAUUGAAUUCAAGUUGAAAUGUGGGAUGGUGGGUGAAUAAUAAUAAUGGAAUAAUAAUAAUAAUAACAACUAACAUUUAAAUAGCACAAAAGAUCCACCUUUGAGCUAUUUAAAUGCUAGUUAUUAUUAUUAUUAUUAUUAUUAUUAUGACUAUGUUACAAGCUUUUAAAUAUCUCAUUUAGUUUGGGCAAAUAUACAUGAGAGGUGACCUAUUGGCAUCCCCUAGGACUAUGGCAUGAUGCCAUCUUUUGCUCAGGCACUAGCUUCAAGGAGACAAAAGGGUGCACAAACUAUAAGAGCAAUCCAAUGAGAAUUCUGCCAUCCCUGCCAAAUGAAAGAGAAGACUGUUUCCUGGAGGAGUGAAGUAGAUUUGGAAUUUUCUAAGGUUGGGCUACCCUCCAGACUGGGAGACCAGUGAGCAGAGGAUGUUUGAAUGAACUUGGGCAGGUCUAUGGUACUGGGGGAGGCAGGAAAAUGGAAACUAGGAAAGCUAUAAUUGCUUUAGACCAAUUGGAACUGGACCUGGAGAGGGGAACACUCUUCUUCCUGAGUUCAAAUCUGGCUUUAAACACUUAACUAGUGACUGUGGGCAGGUCACUUAGCCCUGUUUGCCUCAGUUUCCUCACCUGUAAAAUGAGCUGGAGAAAGGAAUGGUAAAUCACCCCAGUAUCUUUGCCAAGAAAACCCUAAAUGGGUCACAAAGAGGCAGAUGUGACAACAAGAACCAUCACAACAAAUUGAAGCCCUAGAAAAUACGCAGCACUUAAAGCCACCUCAUUUUCCUUUAUAUUUCUUUAGACCUAGAGAGUUGAGCCAGUGGACUCUGAAUAGUGGCUGAGUGAGUAGGUUCCUACGCUCACCUGAGUCUAAAUGGGCAUCUCAACAAAGAUUCAGCCCAAUGCCUGGCACAUAGUGGAUUUGUCCCAUUGCCCCUCCUUGACACUCUACUCAUGACCCUGACCACAUACAUGCAGAGUUCAUGCCAAAUUAAUUCAUGGGAAAUAGUUCACUGACCAGAGAAAUAGACAUUCAGCAAUGUCUUCUGUGAGCAGUGUGUUUGGUUUGGGUUUUGUUGUCCUAGAUCUGGGAUUUCAAGUGUAAGGAAUUUAUGGCAUGGAAAUUGCCUCUCUUGAUAGAGGUUGGCAAGAAGUGUAUUUCUCCUGGAGAUGGGAAGACCUGGGUUCAAAUUUGGCCUCAGACACUUUCUGGCUGUGUGACCCAGAGACCCCAUUGCCUAGCCCUUCCUGCUCUUUUGCCUUGGAUUUAAUAUUUAGUAUCAAUUCUGUGAAUUUCAAAAGUCUCCAUCUUGGUAUAGUACCCUGUCCAAGCUUCUAACACCAACUGGUGAGUCUCUCUCUCCACAGGAAGUCAGCGAAUUCCAGAGGCUGUUCCCUACCUCACUUCCUGUGGCUCACAAGUGCCAAUGGUUGGCUCUAGCUUGGCUUAGGACAGCCCAGGUGGGCAGUUAAUUAUUUCUGAUUUGUCAUUGACUAGCACAUGCCCGUGUAGUGUGGGUGUGCACAGUUUUUGGGUGCUAUACUUGUUUUUUUCUCUUAUCAUCAAAUUAUUGUAAUCUUUAAAUUGAUCAUGUUUUCAUGAUCCUUUGGGAAAAAAUUAAUUUUUUUGCAAAAGAUCAAACGGAGAAAUGUAAAAAUAGACUCGAAUACAGGACUUCAAUCCCCACAAGCCUUUGCUCCACUUCCCCAGAAUGCCUUGUAAUCUCACCUGGGCCGAGAUCGAGAAGGUAUUUAAGCUGAUUCAAAGGCUUUUGAGGGACUCUUGGACUUCCAUUUUGGGGCAGAUGUGGCUUUUUUUCAUAAUGUAGGUGAGGUUGUGUCUAGGCCACUCUAUGGCCUGGACACGUGUCUCUUAUCCUGUAUUUUCUUUAAUCCUUAAUCCUUAAUAAACCUCAAAAAAAUAUAAUACUCCUUGCAGAGAUAAACUAAUUUCUACCUGCCUCAGUCUCCCCAUAUUCCCUAAUUUUAAUCUUUACAAUUCUAAGACAGAAGGUAAGAGUUUUAUGAAAAACAAAACACAGUAAAAUAGCUAAAUAAUUUGAUUUUAAAAAAGAAAGAAGAAAUCUAAUAAUCUAAUUUAACAGCAUCAAAAAUGAAAAAGGUGAAUUCACAACUAAUGAGGAAGAAAUAAAGGCAAUUACUAGGAAUUGUUUUGCCCAAUUAUAUGGCUAUAAAACUGGCAAUUUAACAAAAUGGAUGUGUAUUUACCAAAAUAUAAGUUGUCCCAGAUAACCUUAUUUUAGAAGAAGAAAUUGAACAAGCCAUAAAUAAACUCCCAAAGAAAAAGUCCCCAGGACCAAAUAGAUUCACAGACAAAUUAUACUAAAUAUUUAAACUUAAACAUAAAACUAUUUGACUAAAACAAAAAAAAAAAAAGAAAAGGAGGGAUCAAUCAAAUUCUUUGUAUGACAUAAAUAUGGUCUUGAUACUUAAGGCCAAGGAGCUAAACAGAGAAAGAAAGGCAUAGACUAAUAUAUUCUUGAUGAAUAUUGCUAUAAAAUUUUUAAAUAAAUUAUUGCAGACCAUGGCAACAUAUCACCAAGAUUUACAGUAUGACUAUGUUAAAUUUAAACCAAGAAUGCAUGGAUGGUUCAAUAUCAGGAAAACUAUAAAUAUAAUUGACCAUAUUAAUAACCAUAUGAUCAUAUCAAAAGAUACAGAAAAAGAUUUAACAGGAUCCAACUUCCCCUCUAUUGAAAGCACUCUAAAGGGGAGCAGCUAGGUGGCAUAGUGGAUUGAGAGCCAAGCCUAGAGAUGGGAGGUCUUAGUUGUGUGACCCUGGGCAAGUCACUUAACCCCCUUUGCCUAGCCCUUACCACUCUUCUGCCUUGGAAUUAAUAUACAAUAUUAAUAUACAAUAUUGAUCCUAAUAUGGAAGGUAAGGGUUUAAAAAAAAACACUAGAAAGCAUAGGAAUAAAUGGAACUUUUUUCCAAAUGAUAAAUAGUAUCCAUCUAAAACUAAGAAACAGCAUUAUUUGUAACAAGUAUAAACUACAUGUCUUUCCACGAAGAUCAAGGGUAAAACAAGGGUGUUCAUUAUUUUCAUUACUGUUCAAUAUAGUGCUAGAAAUGCAAGGCAUAACAGUAAAACAUCAACUACCACAGAAUUUAAGGAAUUAGCCUAGGCAAGAAGGAAACAAAAUUAAAUCACUCUUUGCAGGUGAAUGGUUUCCUUAGAGAACCCUAGAAAGUCACCUAAAAAGUAAUGGAAAUGAAGACUUUUGCAGAGUUGUAGGACAUAAAAUAAAUGCAUAUCUGUAUAUACCAACAAAAUCAAGAGAGAAGAAAGAGAAAUUCCAUUAAAUAUAGCUGCAGUCAGUAUAGAACACUUGAGAGUUUGCAUACCAAAGCACAAAUGGGAACUAUAGAAACACUCACACAAAAACCUAAAUAAGGGGAGAAAGAUUAAUCAGUUAUAUUAGGCAGAGCUAGUAGAAUAAAAAUGACAAUAUGACCUCAAUCAAUUUACUUAUUCAUCCAACUACCAAAUGAUUGCUUUCCAGAGCUAGAAAAAAGAAUAACAAAAUUCAUCUGGUAGAACAAAGGGUCAAGAAUAUUAAAGGGAGUUAUUUGGGGAAAAAAAAGUAAAGACAAGGGGGCCUCGCAGGACCAAAUCUCAAAUUAUACUCCAAAGCCAUAAUAAUUAAAACAGGUAAGGAAUCAUUUGAUCAGAGGAACAGAUUAGUUGAACAACAUACAGAAGCAAAUGAUUACUGUAGCUUAGUGUUUGACCAACCUAAAAAUCCCAGGUAUGGGGGCCAGAACUCAUUAUUCAAUAACAACUGUUGGGAAAACUGAAAAGCAGUCUGGCAGGAGUCAGACAAGAAGAGUGAUAUAAUUAAUAAAUUAGAAGAGCAUUGGGAAAAUUACCUGUCCGAUCUUUGGAUUGAGGAAGGAUUAACGACCAAAAAGGUAACAGGUUUACAGGAGAGAAUAUGAAGAAUUUUGAUAACAUAAAAUUAAAAGGUUUUUGUACAAAGAAGAUCAAUGCUGCUAAAAUUAGAAGUGGGAAAUUGGGAAAGAAAAUUUUUGAAACAUUUCUGUGAUUAAGGUCUCAUUUCUUUCUUUCUUUUUUUUUUAAACCCUGACCUUCCGUCUUGGAGUCAAUACUGUGUAUUGGCUCCAAGGCAGAAGAGUGGUAAGGGCUAGGCAAUGGGGGUCAAGUGACUUGCCCAGGGUCACACAGCUGGGAAGUGUCUGAGGCCAGAUUUGAACCCAGGACCUCCCAUCUCUAGGUCUGGCUCUCAAUCCACUGAGCAACCCAGCUGUCCCCUAAGGUCUCAUUUCUAAGAGACAAAGAAAACGUACAUAUUUAGAAAAAUAAGAACCGUUCCUAAUUGAUAUAUUGUCAAAGGAUGUAAAUAGGCAAUUUUCAGAGGGACAAAUCUAAGCUGUCAGUGGCCACAUGAAAAAAAAAUGUUCUAAAUCACCACUAUUAAUUAGAGAAAUCCAACAUUGAGGAACCAUCUUAAAUCUAUCUGAUUGAAUAAGGUAAAAAAGGAAAUGGACAAUUGCUGGAGGAAUUGGGGUAAAAUAGAGAUAUUAACGCACUUUGUGGAGUUGUGAACUAAUCUAACCAUUCUGGAAAGCAAUUGAAACUAUGCCAGCAAAGCUGUAUACUGUGCAUACCCUUUGGCUCAGCAAUAGUACUACUGGAUUUACCUCCAAAAGAGAACAAAGAAAGACGAGGGUCUAUAUUUUUGUACAAAAGUACUUAGAAUAGCAGUUUUUGUGGUGGCAAAGAUUCUGAAGCAGAGGGAAUUUCCAAAAAUUGGGGAGUAGCUAAACAAGUUUUGGUAUGUGUAUUGGAAGGAGUGCUGUUAUACUGUUAGAAAUAAUGAAGAGGAUAGGAAGAAAAUAUGAACUGAUUCAGUGAAACGAUCAGAACCAAGAGAAUAAUAUUUACAAUAACAGUAGUACUGUAAAGAUGAACAACUUUGAAAGACUUAGGAACUCAUCAACACAAUGGAACCUACCACAGUUCCUGAGGAUUUAUGAUGAAACAGCGUCCAUCUCCAGAUAGAGAGGGAAUAGAUUUGGAAUAAAGGUUGAAGCAUAUUUGUUUUUUUAGACAUGGCUAAUGGAAGAACAUGGUUUUUCCUGAUUAUACAUAUUUGUUUGUAUUUCUUGCCUUUUCAGUGGUUGGGGAGGGAGAGAAUUUGGAACUGAAAAUAAAAUUUUAUGUAAAAAAUAGCCUCAUAGGUUUGGGUUUCAUAAGAGUAUUUUAUUACAACAAUGGCCAAUAUGGAAGCAUGUUUUACAUGAUAAUACAUAUAUAACCCAGAUCAAAUUUGGGGAGAGAGGGAGACAAUUUAGAUUUUUAUAAUUUCAGAAAAUGUAGGUAAAAAAUUGUCAUCGCAUGUAAUUAGGAAAAUAAACUACCUUAAAAACCAGCCCUGUACCUUUACAAAUUUGUAAAACUUAUUCAUAUUCCAACAUAUCAUUUAUAGCAAUAAAUUAACAACAAAUACUUCUUUAAAGUUAUUAUGUGCCCAUUUGUUAUAUGUGGCCUAUUAAGAUUAGUCUGGAGAAUUUCCACUUUCUUCAUGUCAUCCUUUAUGCCUUUUCCCCCCAGAUUUUAACCUUCCACUGGUAAUAAAACUUUAAAAUGCUUUAAAACACGUUGCAUUUUCAUAGUUUCUCUGUGUCAGCACAGUUUUAUAAUUAAAGCAGUACUUUGACUUA